AGCCAGAAAGAAUCCUGCCGACUCCAAGUGAAGGCAGGCCUGAGAGAAGGAUGCCAACAGCAAGAUCAAUAACAGCAAUGAAGGCGUGCAGGGCAUGGGAGAAAUAGGCGAGAAGGGUGAGAAGGUAGAUAACAGUGACAACAAUAACAACAACGACGACAGCGAGCAGGAAACGGAGCAGGGCGAGAAGCAUGAUAACAACAACAACAACAACAACAACAACAACAACAACAACAACAGUAGAGACAACAACAUCAACCACAACAACAACAACAACGAUGACGAAGAUGGGGGCGGCGACCAUGGCAGAAGCAGGGCAGGGAGUGGUGUUUGCGCAUCCAUGAUUGCCAUCAGCACGGCAGGAGAGAAUAACGAUGGCGACAACUACAUCAUCAACAACAACAACAACAACAACAACAACAACAACAACAACAACAACAACAACAACAACAACAGCAACAACAACAACAACGACAACAACAACAACAACAACAACAACAACAACGGCGAAGACGAAGACGGCGGCAGCGAUCAUGGCAGCAGCGGGGCAGGGAGUGAAGAUGGGGGCGGCGACCAGGGCAGAAGCAGGGCAGGGAGUGGUGUUCGUGCGUCCAUGACCACCAUCAGCAUGGCGGGUGAGGACGACGAAGAUGGGGGUGGCGACCAUGGCAGAAGCAGGGCAGGGAGUGGUGUUUGCGCAGUCAUGAUCGCCAUCAGCACGGCAGGAGAGAACAACGAAGGCGACAAGUACAUCAACAACAACAACAUCAUUGGGGCAGUCAAUGCUGGCAGUCUGAGCAUCCUGAGCAAGAGAGUGUGGGAGGUUGGCAGGGGGGGAGGAACUAGUGUGUAGCAGUAGGUAUCUGGCGCAGGCUUGCAGGGUGAAGAGGUUCCUCCUCCCUUCCAGUAUCCUGCUCAGUUAAUCCCCUGGAUCCCAGGGCAAUCAAUGCUGGCAGGAACC